UGUUGAAGUAAGCUGAGCGCCUAUUUUGUGAUCACUCAUCAAUUCACUACGGUCUUCGGUGAGAAUUGGUGUGAAUUUGAUAGCAAAAGUCAGUGUUGAAAAUGCAGGCAUCAAGGGCAAGGCUCUUUAAGGAAUACAAAGAAGUACAGCGAGAGAAAACAGCUGAUCCAGAUAUCCAACUCGUUUGUGACGAUUCAAACAUAUUUAAAUGGACUGCUCUUAUAAAGGGGCCAUCGGAAACUCCUUAUGAGGGUGGAGUUUUCCAGCUUGCUUUCUCCGUACCUGAGCAGUAUCCUUUGCAGCCUCCUCAAGUUCGGUUCUUAACCAAAAUAUUCCAUCCAAAUGUGCAUUUCAAGACAGGUGAGAUUUGCCUUGAUAUAUUGAAGAAUGCUUGGAGUCCAGCAUGGACGUUGCAAUCAGUUUGUCGAGCUAUAAUCGCGCUGAUGGCUCAUCCAGAGGCUGAUAGCCCACUGAACUGUGAUUCAGGUAAUUUUUUUCAAGAUUCCUUCACAAACUACCCAUAUGGUAUUUUCUGGGGAAGUCUUACAGCUUAUCAGAAAACUUGCCAAAGUUGGAAAUGACAUUUAAAACGAUUUAAAUUCAUAUUCCUGCUGUCAAAAACAUACAACAAAUCUAGUAUGUUGAACAUGUGAUCUGUUUCGAGUUUCCUGCUGUGAUGUUUCUGGUUCUCGUUGGCUGUCAUUGCGUAGGCAACCUUCUCCGCUCUGGCGACAUCAGGGGAUUCCAGUCUAUGGCCAAGAUGUAUACAAGACUUGCUGCCAUGCCCAAGAAGGGGUAAGAGAAGGAUUUGAUUUGACUGUAUGUUUAAACCUUAACAAAAAACAACCAUGCCCUAACUCAUCAACUGCAUAGUUGAUGAGUUAUAUCACGCGUUACAUAUUUGUAUUUACGUUUUAAGCUACGCCGCCGCGUGCGAUGUAGUAGAAAGCUCUCAAAAACCAUUGCUCAUUCAGAAAUUAAGCAAUGCGAAAACCUUGAAAUAUGAAAAUGGUGAAAACAGGUGAUGUCUUGUAGUUUACAAGUACAAAA